AUGUCGUCCCUCGGUAGCAUACAAUCAUCUUACACAUGUCGCAUCUGUGGCACUAAUCUCGUUCCUCAACGUCGCAAUGGCGAGAAAGAGUUAUGGGAUACGGAGUUCCAGCUCCUCCAACAACUAAACAAGAAAAAGGAAGCCUCGCUAAUCAUCGAACCAAACCAUCUUCCGCUAAAGGGAAAAUAUGAAUUACGCGAUGGAAACGUCUAUCACGCUGCGUGCUGGCGUGUUGUGGAAAGAGCAUCAGGUCUCUCCAAGUUUCAUCCAGAGUGGCUAAAGUGUUUCCGCCAGUGCAUCACGGACGUGUUCCGUUUUCUUCCAAACCUUACGGGCCUUUCUGAGGCCUCACCUGAUAUCCUAGACGAGGGCGUUGAUGAAGACCACGAAGAGGAUCCAUAUCCUCGGGUGGAUCUCUCCGCGAAGCAUGAGCACGAGCGCGGGAUAUUCGAUAAGCUCAACCUCCCUCAAGAAAUUAUGGACUUGAUCUUCUUGCAGGUAGAAGACCCUGAGGACAUAUGGUCACUGGAAAGCGUAGCUCUUCAAAGUCCUAGCCCUCAUGUUUGGAGGUCCCUGGGUCGUCGCUUUCUAGUGACCGAUGCUCGCAUCUCACGAGGGUCACCCGAAGAGACGGCCAAACGAAUUCAGUGUUGCAUUUGGAAUACAGAUUAUGGUGAUUUUCCGCACUCUUUAUCUCUUCAGCUUGUCUGGAACAAUGUGGAAUAUAUUCUAGCUCAUAUGGAGAGGAUCAUGGGGAAAGAUUUCGUGAGAAACCAAGUUUGCGUUGAAGAGGACUUUGUCCGCGAUAAUCAAAAGGCCGAGAUCCCCCUUUCCUCCAUUGCGAGCGCAUCCCGCGUGAAGUUGCACUUCGUACCUUUACGCGGUGGAGAAUCUUCCUCUAGGCGAAUCUGGCCGCAAGUGUUUGACGAUGAUGUCUCGAACAAUUUUUGCGGGAUCGAAAUUGACGGCAACGUGGUAGGCUGGAAGGGGGAUAGCACAAUCGAUGUAUGUCCCUCCUCCUGGAGUGGAAUUCGGAUGGCAUGCUGGAACCGCACAUUCUCGUCCGUCCAGAUCAAGUCUGGCGCCGUGUGGGACAGGACCUGGCAUCCAGGCUACCGGCUACGUGAAACACUUGGACCAAGAAGGAAACUAUUGGAGUGGAUUCCGGGUUCUGCUACUGGAAGCUUGGUUGUCUCCUUUAAUUCCAUAGUCAUCACAGGCAUCCUACUUGAUGCAGGUUCUGGUUUGGGGCCGGUGUCGUGGCAAGACAACCCUCCUCCAGUGAACCUGAUCCCAGUGCCCCUAGUUGAUUUCCUCCCUCAGGAGCCUCAGGUCGACAAUUACAAGUAUUUUGCUCGCAAUGUCAGCGGAAUAAGCAGGAUUAGUUGGAAUCAUAUCGAGGUUGACUUUCCCACAGUACGCUCGCUUUAUAUCAUGUUUGAUGACGAAGAACAUAUUACAAUAGGACAUUUAUCUGGCACAGCUCGACGCAAGCCGAGCAUGGCCUUUGUGCUUAAUCGUGAUCAAGGAGAGGCUUUUUACACCAAUUUUGGCCGCAUGGUCCUCAUUGGUGAUCCCGAGGCGGCGGACUGGACUGUGAUUAAGGCUCCCAAUGGGCUAUUCUUUUCGAGCAAGGCGCCCGGCAUUUGGGUGCUCCAAUGCUUCGGCUGUUUCCAACCGCGAAACUCACCCUCCGUAGCAGAGAUAGAUGCACCAGCUGUAACCAAGCCGGCAGAUUGGCUUCCCCUACCCGUCACCAGCCGCAACCACGCCCUCCUCGGGCCGGCAUUUUUUCAAACUGCCUCCCUAGAGAACAUCUCCCAUAUCACGCUCUAUCGUGAGCUGCAAAUCAACCUGUCAACGGGAAACUUUCUCACGAGGAAGCCACUCGUUGGCAUGAGGAUUGUCUAUCACGAUGAUAGGCUGCCCGUCGUGUUGGGCGAAUUCUACAGACGCGAUAGCAUAUCUGAGGAAUACGAGCCCACUGUUGAGAUUUCGGGGAAAAUACGGCGUAUUCUUUGCUCCUAUAUGCCGCGAAAUUGGGCUCGUGGUUGCUCGCGGAUUUCAGGCUUUGUCUUGCACUUGGACGACUCGCGGACGAUACAGUGCGGGGAGAUUUGGGACGACCCGAAUGUCUACUCGCAUGAAAUGGAUGUCAAUGAGGGCGACAAACUUCUCUGGGUGUCUGGUGGAGAGGGUUGCCUCGUGGGCGCUGUGCCCGAUGCAGUCAACACUGGUGAUGAUUUCGACUUGGCGUCUAUGUUCCCAUUCUUACUCACUUGA